UGGCCGUGGCAAGCCAACGGCGAACCAGCGGCAGAACGACUGCGGUCAUUGUCGUGCAAGCAUAAGUCUAGCUAAAAACGCGUUUAUAACUAACGACGCAGUAAUUGAGAUUUACUAUAGAAUAUGAAAAUAGAAAUAAACACCGAGCUUCUCAUCGGCCUGGUUGAAAAACGACCAGUAUUGUGGGACAAGUCAGACGAAGACUAUAAUAAUAAACUGAAAACAAAAGAAUGUUGGACAGAUAUAUGCAGACUUUUGGUAGAUGGAUAUGAUGAGUUGUCAAAGAAAGAACAAAAAGACCUAGGUACAGAAGCUCUUAAGAAAUGGACAAAUAUAAAGGACAGUUUCAUGAGAUGGCAUAGAAAAUAUAAUGACCUAAUUCGUAGGGGUUCAAAGAAACGCAUGAAAAAGUAUUUGUAUAACGAUCUCUUGUUAUUUUUAAAGAAAAAUAUGGUUCAAAAUAAUGACGACAAUAAUUGCGAUGACAGUGAUCCUCUGAAUGUGGAAGAGGAUUCCCAUAUUGACGAAACAACGAACAUGAUGGAGCUUGAAACUAAAGCAUUGGAAAUAAAUCCAAAACCAACAUUAAUGGAGAUUGAGAUAAAUAAGACAUCCGAAGCAUGCCCAGCAGCAUCUCAUCAAUGUUGUACUAAUCGUCACUUGGCAUUUUUUACUAGCAUACUACCUUCUGUAGAAAAUUUCGAUGAUGAUCAAAUUUGUGAUUUCCAUAUUGGAGUUCUACAACUCAUACAAUCUAUAAAACGAAGAACAAAUUGCGGUCCUUGUAACUAGUGUCAUGUCUAAUUAUUUUCCUUGCUUUUU